CUUGUACAUUCAUAGCGACAUCCACCCAGACUUGUCGCCGAUUGAAGGCUGCUUAGACAUCAGACGAAGGUGCAAUCUUUGACCUUAUACCUUGUCUACCCCGACCGUCUCUGCUAUUGCGUAGCGAUGCCCUCCACUCUCCCGCCUCGGCCGGCGAUGAGACGGAAAUCGCCCGAAGGGAAGCGAUCCGACAUCAUUUUCAUCAACUCUCACUCCGAGUUGCUAGAUGCUCAUGCCAAACGUGUUGCGAGACGCCACGCCUCAUACUGGGGCCACAAACAAUCUAGGCGCAAACAGUCGCCCACAGUACAAUCCUCGUCCAUUUCCCCCUCCGCCCCGUCUCCUUCUUCUCCGGUGUUGAGCAAGACUACGCCGUCCGAACAUCAUGAUCUUACAACAAAGCCGCUCCCUCUGUCCAAAUCCAAUGUCAUCAUGAACUCCGCUCAAUAUCUGCCAUCUCCUGUAUCAACGGUCAAUCUCCAUUUUGGCGCCUCAUUUGAUGUGUUCCAAUCGCUUCCUCAGCUUCGCAACAACCGGGAUGAGUCCCCGGAUCUGCAGACAGUCAAGUCGCUCAUGCCCGCCUUUCUCGGUGACACUUUUAUCAGAAAUACACUCCUGAGGGAUGGAGAGUCAUGUCAUCUCCGCUACGCAGCGUGUCUUCUCCUCUGCCAUGCGUACUAUCUGGUUAUCAGUGGCAGAGGGGCCUCAACGGCGUUGAUGUCAUUGAAAGGUCAAGUGAUGAAAAGAGUCAAUCGAGCAAUGGACGACCCAGACCAGGCGGCCAACUUGGACACCAUGAUAGCCGUCAUGGCUCUCGGCACCCCAAUUGUGUGCGAAGUGACCAACAGCUCUACAGAUGGCUCGCAAGCUUCGGAUUCCAGAAGCUCAGACUCAAGGUCGACAGCUAGCUUCAGUUCUCCUGAGUCUACGUCGAGCCUUGCUGAAAGUACUGCAAUCGAAUAUCACUUGCAUUACCAAGCCGUUACCAGACUCUUGAGAAUGCAACCCGAUCCAGCAUAUUUGUUGACGGCUGAUGGAAGGUUUGUUUUUCUCGUCAAGGUCAUAUCCUCUGCGCACCGGAUGCUGACAACUCCUGGACACAAUGCCGAAGGAUGGACCAAGCUGUUCGAAAAGUUUGAGCUCUACUCAUCAGAUACUACUCCUGACUCCGGCUGGAAUUCACCUUUGUUCGGCCCUUCCCACGCCUUUUCUAGGCCUACGAUGUCUCCAGCCACCCACAAGUUAAAGAGGUGUCUUGAUCUGUCGCAAGCGGCACGCACAUGGAUUUUACAUCACAAAAGAAGGCGACGGGGCAUGUCUCAUAACCUAGAAAGUGCCCGCCUCACCCUGGAGAAUGUGCUAGCCACCAAGGAACCUCGCUACACUACGUUCGACUGGGACGGCGGCUCUUUAGCCAUGUAUGAAUCAUGUGUCAUUGCCGUGAGAUUGAUGACCGAGUCGGCUGAUCGAGACUGCUCGUUAUCCGACGCAGUCCCCUUCGUAGCUGGAGCCGCUCAACUACCCCACCUCCUCCGGAGAACAGACCUAUUGCAACUUUGGGGAGACUCACUUCGUGGUCUGUUAUACUGGGUGACUCUGAUCUGUCAUGUCAUUUCAGUGAACAAUGGUCAGGAACGCUUAGUCUCGACCUUGAUCCUUGCUCAUUUCACCCAGUUGUUUUCUGCAUCACAGAUCCCGCUUAAAGCUGCUCUUGAUCCCAUCAACGAGUUGGUGCAUUGGCCCAUGUACUUCGCGGGGUAG